UAUUAUACCACUUGUUUGUGCUCAGCUGACAUAAAUUGCCAAGUUGUCGUUUUAUUUGACCAAGUUAUCAAAAUUAUCUCGCGAAGAAAUUGUCAGUGUAAUAACGCUAUAACUGAUAUCGUUCCUUUUGGUUGACUUAUAUGUUAACCGUCAACAUACUGUCACUUGCAAAAUGGUCGUUUCAUUUGCAAAUAAGUUAGCAUAAUUCUUCAAGUUUGCUCAGCUCAGACGAGUGGUAGAAUAAUAAGCAACUAAUAUUUUCUUUUUAACUUCCGUCGUUUUGCUAACACUGUUUUAUUUUUUACAGAGACAUGAAUACCCAUACGAAAAAAAUAUUCCAGUUGUUGCCUCAGAAACUAAAAAAGCCUGAAACGGCUAAUAUAGAUAUUCAAAAUGAAUCUUGUACACAGCUGCCUACUCAGUACUAUGUUAGUAAUAAAGCUCCGGAUUACAACAAAUUUACCCACGAAAUAGCAACUUCUGCUAGUGAUGAUGUAUUAAUUUUACCAUUUGAUGACGAAUUAUUACCGAUAUUACCUAGUAAUGACUCAACACUGUUUGAACUCAUGCAAAAUGAAGGUCACUAUGAUAACCCAAGGGAAUGCGUUAAAGAAUCUGAUUCGGUUCCAAAUAAUUUAAACAACAUAGAAUGCGACAAACAACACGUAACAAACUUAAAUGAAGAUACUCUACUGAUUGAAGAUACUGACCAAAACGAGGAAAAUAAAGUUGAAAAUAUGAAAGACAUUAAUACGAAUCGUAGCUAUGAGGCGGAUCCUGACUACAACCCAAAUGAAGAUAGCAUUGAAAACGAAAACAGUGAAGAAAAUGAAACGCCCAACAAAAAAAGGCAACGUAAAAGAAAAAGUGACAGUAUGAUGUGGAAUUAUAACAAAAAUAAAUUCAAGAGAAUGAAAGGAGUAGAUUACAAAGGAAGGGGUAAAUCUGAGAAUGGUAAAGCGGUAUUUAACAAAACCAGACCAGCUCGAAAAAUGCUGGUACCGUGCAACUGCAAGCACAGUAUAAAAGAAAAAACUUUAAAGUGUAAGGAAUUUUCAGAGGAAACACGACAGCAAAUAUAUACAAACUUUUGGGAAAAAUUAAACUGGGAAGAAAGAAAACAGUACAUAAAGGCGUUGGUUGAUGUUCUACCAUCAGUUAGGAGAAAAUCUGAAGAUCUAUCUCGACGAGGUUCAACGUUUGUUUUAAGACUAAAAAAACAUGGAGUAUCUUAUAGGGUUUGUAAAAAAAUGUUCCUCAACACGUUAGCCAUUGGAGAAUGGUCAUUACAUAAUUGGGCAAAAGUAGUCAUUACACAGGCAACUAUUAACGAAGAAAGUAACAAGAGAAUAAGUCCUCAAAUAUUAGAGGCAAAGAAAAUUUUGCGUAGUUUUUAUGAGAGAUUACCCAAAAUGGAAUCUCAUUAUUGCAGAGCCAGGAGUAGUAAAUUAUAUCUUGAACCCAUAUGGCAAUCAAAAGCAGACCUGUAUUUAGAAUAUCAAAAGUAUUCACAACAAGAAAAUCCACAAGUGAAAACACUUUCUAUUAAAACAUUUUAUGCUAUAUUUGACGAAAUGAACCUUAGCUUGUAUCAAUCUAAAAAAGAUCAGUGCGACCUUUGUGCCAAUUUUAAAGCAAAUAAUUUAUCAGAAGAAGAAUAUUUACAGCACCAAAAAAGAAAAGAAGAGGCAAGAGAAGAAAAAGUAAAAGAUAAAAAAGAAGCCAAACACGUUUUUUGUAUGGAUUUGCAGAAGGUUUUGCUGUCGCCACAUUCAAACAUUUCAUCCCUCUACUAUAAACGAAAACUUUGCGUCCACAAUUUUACACUUUAUGAUAUGAAGAACCAUAAUGGAUCUUGUUACGUAUGGCAUGAAGGAGAAGGAGAUAUAACAGCCAAUGAAUUUUCCAGUAUAAUUUGUAGCUAUGUGUCAGACCAAAAAGUAGAAGGAGGAGAAGAAAUAAUUAUCUACAGUGAUAACUGCGGUUAUCAGAACAAAAACUCUAUUUUGUCCAACGCCCUAUUAAAUUUGUCAAUUGAGAAAAAUAUUGUUAUAAUACAAAAGUUUUUGGAAAAAGGCCAUACGCAGAUGGAAGUGGACAGCAUGCAUGCUUGUAUUGAACGAAGAUUGAAGAAUCGCGAUAUUAAUGUUCCUGCGGAGUAUGCUGUCCACUGCCAAAAAGCAAGGCAACUACCAAAACCUUACACUGUCCACUAUCUCAAACACACAUUCUUUCGAAAUUAUUUAAGUGUAAAUUUUGUUAACUCUAUUAGACCAGGUACUCGCUCGGGAGACCCAGUUGUCCAUGAUUUAAAAGCUAUAAAGUAUACACCCAAUAACGAAAUAUUCAUAAAGUUGAACCACACCGAUGGAUGGAGUGUGUUAAACAAACGUUUUAAUAAAAAUGUGAAACCAGUUGCUAAUAAUUCUUUGCCAAAAUUGUUUUCUGGGCCUAGGAAAAUCACUAAAGAGAAAUUUGAUCAUUUGCAGGAAUUAAAGAGCUCCCUGUUAUCUGAUUUUCAUAGUUUCUAUGACCAGUUAAAAUUUAAAUAAACCAAAUUUUAACAUUCUUUUUUCUAUAUCAUUAAAAGUAUUAAUUUUUUAGCACAAUAAAAUAUGUGCAAUAAUUCUUAUUUUUUGCUUAGCUAUGACCAAAUAUUUUAUGUUUAUUGUAAGGCAGUUUAAUUUCGUUUAACUUUCAUAAGAAUAAACUUUUUUUUAAUAAAAUAUAGGUUUUUUUUUGCCGCGCCGCACUGAAUACCUCGUAACUUAAAAUUUAGUUCCGACUUUAAAAUGAAAAACUCGUAUGUUUAUUAAAAAAAUAUAUUAGACCAUU